AUACUUGGACAAUAGUAAAUAGAAAAAUAUAUGUGAGCAAGUGGAAAUACGAAAGUAUGGCUAGAAAUGGUCGGCUAAUGUCAAUAAUAGUUCUCGCAUGGCAUUUCGUACGCGAUGGCAGUAAACACCAACAUUCUGACCCCAGAACUAACGUUAGAUCAUUAUGAUGACUGGCUUAAAGGAAACCUUUCCAAAUCCAAAACACAGUUAAAAACUGUUGUUAAAAGUAAAACUUGUGGUAAAGCUUUAGAUCGAAAAUCUUUAAAACCAGUUGAAAGUCCUCCUUCAAUAAUUCCACCACAUCAAAGUUAUUCUGCAAAGGAGAGAACAGAUUAUGUUUUGGAAUACCAAGCUGCAGAACAGCAGAAGCUGGCUGACCAAUCACAGACACGAGAUGUGAAUGUUUCCGCAAAUGAAACUUCCCUGAAUCAGCUGGAGGAAGACUCUGGCCUCACAGAGGUGCACAACAACAGAAAAGAAAACUUAAGGUUGAACACAGACGUCUACGAAGGAUUUACAUUCAGUCAUUCUCCCACAGUUCUACCAAUUGAAGAACACAAGAGUCAGAUCAUAAACACUGUUGAAAGUAAUCAAGUGACUGUGAUACAGGGUCCAACAGGCUCUGGCAAAACCACACAAGUUCCUCAAUUCAUCCUGGAUCAUUAUGCAUCUAAGAACCAAUACUGUAACAUUGUUGUCACUCAACCGAGAAGGAUUGCUGCCAUCAGUAUUGCUAAGAGAAUUUGUCAAGAAAGACGAUGGAAGUUAGGGACAUUUUGUGGAUAUCAGGUUGGAAUGGAUCGAGAAGUCUCUCCAAACACACGGCUGACCUACAUGACCACUGGGGUCCUUUUGCAGAAACUUAUUAACAAGAAGGACAUUAAUGAUUAUACACACGUCAUCCUUGACGAGAUCCAUGAACGAGAUCAAGAGACAGAUUUCUGCAUCCUCAUCGUGCGGAAAUUCCUUCGUUCGGUUUCCAAAAGAAUUCGAGUAAUUCUGAUGUCUGCCACUUUGGAUUCAGAAAUGUUUGCCAAUUACUUUGCCCUUCCAGUCCGUAACACCUUGGACCCUGCCCCCAUAAUCACAAUUGAUGGCAGUUUCUUUAGUGUGUCUGAAUACUACGUUGAGGAUUUGGUUCCAUUGGGAACUAUAGGACAACUUGAUCCUGACAACCCACAUAUCACCCCUGAGUCUCAGCAAUUAGCUGUCAACUUAAUUCAACACUUUAACACAUUUGAAACCAAAGAACAAGGAAAUGAUCCUCAUUCUGGACAACAGCCUAUUUGUGGAAGUGUUCUUGUUUUCUUGCCAGGGUUGUCUGAUAUUGACAAGCUCUAUGACAAGCUAAGAACUCUGCCGGGUCAACACAGGUUGGUUGUUAUACCGUUACAUUCUUCGGUGACGAUCGAGGAACAAAGUAAAGUGUUUCAGCCAACAUCUCCCGGAUAUCGUAAGGUGAUCCUUUCUACAAAUAUUGCUGAAAGUUCCAUCACAGUGCCUGACAUUAAAUAUGUUAUCGAUUUCUGUUUGACCAAGAAUUUGAUGUGUGAUACUCAGACAAAUUUCACCAGUUUACAAUUAGAUUGGGCAUCAAAAGCUAACUGUAUUCAACGGAAAGGCCGGGCAGGUCGUGUCUCCAAUGGUCGUGUGUAUCGUCUCAUCACACGGUCGUUUUGGUACAACCAUAUUCCAGAUUACAACACACCAGAAAUGCAAAGAUGUCCUCUCGACUUGUUGGUGUUACGAACUAAAAUCCUUGACUUAGGUGAGCCUAAAGCCAUUCUAGCUCUUGCACUUGCUCCCCCAAACCUCGAUGAUAUUGAAAGGACCAUCCUAGAGUUAAAAGAGAUUGGUGCUCUUGCUUUGACGCUGAACGGUGUCCCGAACCGGUACGAUGCUGACCUGACUUACAUGGGCCGAGUUAUUGCUUCCCUACCAACUGACAUAAGAAUUGGAAAACUGCUUGUUUGGGGUCAUGUUUUUGGUUUCCUCAAAGAAUGUUUAAUUCUAGCUGCAGCGUUGUCAUUGAAAAGUGUGAUAUCUCGGCCAUACAAAAAGCAUCUUGAAUCUUACCAGCGUAAAUUCAGCUGGGCAGAUGCUUCGUUCAGCGACUGCAUUGCCAUUGUAAACAUCUACAAGGUUUGGGAAAGGAAUUGGGCCCAUGGUAUUUUCAAAAGACGUGGUCAGUCAGAAGUGGAAUGGGGAAAAGCAAACUUUGUGCAAAUCAAAAGAAUACAUGAGCUUGCUGAACUUAUCCGGGAGUUAGAGUUCCGACUGACACAGUUCAAUCUUCGUAUUCCAAGCAAGUCGCCAGAAUCGAAGAAAGACCUCAACCAUCCUGAAGAGAAACUUUUGUUCAAGCUGAUCAUAUGUGGUGCCUUUUAUCCAAAUUAUUUCAUUCGAGAUAAAAUAGACGAAGAACAAGUGAUGAAAACCAUGUCGGGAAAGGACCCUUUCAAUACUGUUAUGAUAAAUGGUCUGCCACCCAAUCAAGGUUCCUUGUACAAAUCUCAAAUCGAACAGUUAUUUUAUCCGUGUGGAAACAUUCUUGCUAUACACAUGGAAGAAUCCAAGAUCUUCAUAGAAUUUGCUCGCCAUUACAGCAUGAACCGUGCAUUGAACAAUAUCAUUGGUAUGGGCAACACUGGAGUCGUAAACCCUGCUGUUUAUUUGGCUCUGAAGAUGAAGAAGACAUCCUAUCGAACCCUGGAAUUGGAGCAAUACUCUCGAGAGACGGCAACAAAAAUGAUGAAGCAGGUCUCCGAAGCUCAAAGUAAUGUUGCUGGAAAAUUACAAAUGUUGCGAACAAACAGAAUAACAGCAGCCUCUGCGAUUGUUGGAAACCAGGUUGACUUACCCAACUAUUCCAUGUCUGUGAUACAAAUUAUUGUUACUGAGGUUCUGGAAUGUGGACAUUUUUGGGCUCGCUAUGUUGAUCAAGAAAAUUCCCUAUAUUUUGUCCAGUCUAGUCUCAAUAUCAACCCCCAAGACCUUCAGCCUAUUUCUGGAAACGUCCAUGUUGGUAUGAUCUGUGCAGCCCCUUACAAGGAUGAGGAAGUGCACUACUACAGAGCACAAGUGGAGGCCAUUCAUAACAACAUGGCUCAUGUUUUCUUUGUGGAUUAUGGCAAUAUGGAAAUUGUUCCUUUCCAUAACCUGAAGCUUCUUCCUCAGGACCUUUUAGAUGUUCCUUUCCAAGCAUUUGAAUGUUAUUUAAGUGGAAUUCAGCCAUCACCAAUCAAAUGUUUCGAUGGUUGCUGGUCCCAGGAGUCUACUGACUAUUUCCAAAACAUGGUAUCUGGUUUCCCUAUUUAUGCUCAAAUUUAUUCAGUCGUUGGAAGAGUCCUCCAUGUUGAGCUGAUCAAGAAGAAGUCAAAACAACAAGAAAAUAUCAAUCAGAAACUUAUUGAUCUUGGUUAUGCUGACGUCACUGAAGAAUCUUUCUUAUCCAAAAAAGACCAUGAAGAACGAAAGAAAGCUCAGGAAUCGUCGAGUUUGUCCGUUUGUCAAAAUAGUGAUGCAACAUCGUUAGACUGGAAUGCACUUGGUCUUACUAACGAGUUUAGUUUGGUUCGUUAUGUGGGAAAGAUUAAACUCCACGGUCCAUCGAAUCCUUUAGAAAUGACCUUCUCUGGAAUGACAAACUCAGGACGUCUUCGAGGUGCUAAGAUCGACUCGGACAGCGUGAACUGUGUUGCUAUCGACGACAACCCACAGAACUCCACCGCCAGGAUGAUGGUUGCUGCUUUUGUCCACAUGAAUGCUAAUGGUGUGAAUGUCAUCACACGAGAUACAACAUUGAUGCCACACAUUGCAGGACUUCCAGCUUUGGUUGCCAUGUUGUUCACACCAUAUUGUGAAUUGAGAACUGAUAAAAACAUGACCUACUACUCUGGUGCCAUUUGUGGUUUGGGCUUUGACAGUGAAACUGGAGCUGCAAUCUACCCAGAGCAUGACAUGGAGAUCGAGUUUGAUUCAAAAAUUGAUCUUGAUGAUAUAUUUAAGAUUAAUGGAAUCCGACUGGCCAUAAACAUUAUUAUUGGUAACCAACAAACUGCCAGUACCUGGGGUCCUGAGUCUGUUGUGAAGCUACAGGAAUCGGCUCGGAGGAAACUUUUAGAUCUGAUGCAGAAGAGAAGGGAACCAAUUGACCCCGUUCUAUCCUGGAACCCCUAUGAAUGGAACUUGAUUUCACCAUCAGACUAUUUAAAACCGGAUUGCUCCGACAACAACUGGGAACUCCUGUUCAAACUCCACAAAGGCGUUGCCCUUGCAACCGAGUGUUCAUCCAGCUUGAACGAUGACAAAGAGGAUGAUAGCAUCUCCGAACGAGAUAUAAGGGAGCUUGAAAACCACAUCCAAGAGUUGAAAGUAAUAGCUCGGAUGUCCAGCUAUUCCAAUGUGAUUCGAUGCAAGCUGUGCAAGGAGACGUUUCCAUCACCGAAGCUUCUGAACAUGCACAUUUCAACCCAGGGACACUUAAGGAAAGAAGCAAGCAUCUUGGGUGGCACCAUUUGAAAAUGGCACCAUCUUGUUUGAAAGGGUUGGGGUGCUGGGUGGCAGAUUGUGGCUUCUUUCUUUCUUUCUUUCUUUCCUUCCUUUCUUUCUUUCUUUCUUUCUCAGUGGUGGAAGAAACUGUUGCUUCAGCUCUUCUCAAAAUUAUACCGUGAUGUGUGUAUGUAUAUAUAUAUGUGUGUGUGUGUGUGUGUAUAUAUAUAUGUAUGUAUGUUUUGUAUGGGUGAUAUGUGUGUGCAUGUAUGUGUGUUUAUGAGUGUAUAUGUAUGUGUGUAUAUAUAUAUAUAUACAAGCACACACACACACACACAUAUAUACAUAUACAUAUAUAUAUAUACACACAUAUAUAUACAGACAUAUAUAUACACACACAUAUAUACACACACACACACAUAUAUAUGUUUAUAUAUGUGUGUGUAUAUGUGUGUGUGUAUAUAUACAUACACACUAACACAAACAUACCCACACACACACACACACACACACUCAAACACACACACACAGAGAAGGAAAGCAUGUUGUUCCAUUAUUGGUGGAAUCAAGAAAAAAACCCACUCCAUUCAGUCAGAGACAAAUGUCAUUUAACAAACGGAAGAUUGAAGUGUGAGCUGCUAUAAGUUUCAUGCCUCUGAUAAUAGAAUGGUCGGACAAAGUUUGUAUAACCAUGAAAAUAGGGCCUGACAAUACAUGGCAGGCUAUACAAGCUUGUCUGAUCAUUGUAUUUCCAGAGACAUGAAACUUAUAAUAGCUUGUAUUCAAGUCCUGUGUAUAUUAAAUAUACAUGUGUGUGUGUGUGUGUGUGUAUCUGUGUAUAUAUGUAUGUAUGUGUAUGUGUGUAUACAUAUAUAUAUAUGUAUAUAUAAAUGUGUGUAUAUAUGUGUGUGUGUACAGACACAGUCAUGGUUGUGUGGUAAGAAAUUUGCUUCCCAACCACAUGGUUCCGUGUUCAGUCCCACUGCGUGGUACAUUGGGCAAGUGUCUUCUCCUAUACUGACCAAAGCCUUGUGAAUGGACUUGAUAGACGGAAACUGAAAGAAGCCCAUCCUAUCUGUUUGUGUGUGUAUUGUCUUUCCAAUUAUAUACCUACCCCUCAAUCCAUUCUCCUGCUGUCCUGUUUACGGCCCAGCCUCUGCUCCCCUUGUUUUUUCUCCCUUUGUGACGAUGUCUGCUGCUAAGGUCCCAAUCUUGGUGCUUUCACAGAAUCCUCAGACAGACCUGGAUUUGGCUGUGUCCGUGACUAGGAGAUUAUCCAUCAGAGUCUUUCAUUUAUAUCCAGGCGCCAGACUUUGUAAGGGAGAAGAAGUGCUUUCCUUCUCUGCUGGCGUCAAUCAGUUUGAUUGAUUGCUAAGAAUUUAAUUAGUGGGUGUGGUCUACAACAGAUUUGCCUGGCAUGGAAUGGUCCAUCCUUGUGAUUUAUAAUACACACACUUACACACACAUAUCUGUGUGUGUGUAUAAAUAUAUACAUAUACACACACACACACACUCACGCGUGCGCACGCAUUCACAUAUUUGUUUAGAUAUCUAUAUAUAUAUAUAUACUGUUGAUCAGUAGACAAGUAAGAACUCAGAUUGGUUACGGGAAUGGCAGACUCAGUAGUUUUGGACAAAAUGUAUUUCAUAAUAUUUGGUCCUGUCCUCUUACAUUCCGAGUUCAAAUCUCACCUAGACUCACUUUAUACCUUUCAUCCUUUUGACAUUACCAAAAAAGAAAAAAGAAAAAAAAAAGAGAAAUAUGUAAUUAAACAUACAAAAACAUAUGUAAAUACAGUCCGCAGGUAAUGAAAUGGGGGUGGGGGUAAAUUGUUGGUGGAGUGACUCUUCUACCUUUGAAGGUAUUGUUCCAACAUAUUAUGAUCCGAUGACUGAAACCUGUUAAAGAAGAUAUGGCGCCAUUUGGUGUUUCAUUGAUUCUAUCAAAGAAUUGUAUUUUUUAAUAAAACAUCAAGAAUUUGA